GUUGAGCUCUUCGUGGUAACUAUAAGAGCAUACUCUCCUUUAUACAAGUGCCUGAGAUUCUUGAUCUCCUACACAACUAGUUUCCUUCCAUGAUUCUCUUCUAGAGCUCUCAAUAUUCGUAGCUCCACAUACCACCAGCAAAGAGACAACAUCAACUCCAUUCCCCUUGCUCUUGGAUUAAACAAGCCCAAGAUAAAAGCACUCCACCUCUGCGGUCCUUGUGUCACCCCCCAACCAAAUCUUCCGAACAUAGCUCCGAGCUACCUAGCCCUCCCUGUCCAUAAAGCUGAACUCAACCCCGUCUCCAUCCCUCCGUCCAUCAACGUAAACACCAACCACCUCACAACAGCCCACCAUGCCAGGCUCAUCCCUCUGGCUGAUCCCGCCCCCAUCUCAUCCCCUCACCCCAAUCCUUACAGCCCUCAUCACACAAACACUCCCACCCCGCCUCGACCCCUCGGCCCCACCCUUCGCACCUCAUAUCACCCUUACAUCCAACAUCCCGCCUUCACUGUACGCAACAUCCGGUCCGCAGGCCUGGCUCGAUGCACUGCCGUUCCCGCCGCAUGGGGGCAGGCGUGACGGGAAGCAAGACGAAGGUGUGACUGCGGGCGUGGGUGUGAGCGUGAGGUUUGACAGGGUGUGUACGGAGGACUAUGUGUUUCGGAGGUGCUAUAUCAAGAUCUGUGAUGGGUCGAGUGCCGGGGGGCUGAGAGAGCUAGCGCAAGUCGCCCGUCGAGAAGGUGUGUUGGGCGGCGAUGAACAGAAAGCACGCGAGUGGGUGCGGGAGGAGUAUAGGCCGCAUUUGAGCUUGGUUUAUUCGGAUGAGAAGGUUGAUGAGGGGAAGAUUGCGAAGGUAGAGGCUUGUGUGAGGGAUGCGGGUGUGAAGUUGGGUGCUGAAGAGGGAGAGGAGAGGGAGGAGGGAGAUAGAGGGCAGAUGGGAGGCUGGGAGGGAGGUGUCGUAUGGCUUGUGCCGACGGAUCGUGGGAUCGGGGAGUGGAAGCCAAUUGCGACGAGGGUGCUAUGAAGAGGUCUUGCGAUGGUGAGAUAGGGGUUGGAUGGGAUAUCAACAAGGAAGGGUAUACAAAGAUCGAAAGCAUCACUAUGCGUAACAGCAGAAAUCGACGUCCAAAGCAACGCCCUCCGGAGCGUCAUAACUCGUCUUGGCCCUCUGUGAGCUGAGCCUGAACAUCAACAAGCAGCCUCAACAACCCAUUGAAUGCCCAUCCCGGCUCAAACCCCAGCGUGAUACAGGACCGCAUAUACG